AUGUCCCACGGAGACCGCGUCAAAUUCGCCCUCUUCGGCCUCGGACGCCUGGGAGUCCUUCGAGCCCGAAUCCUCGCCUUCCAGCAGCCUCGCAUUGAACUGGUCGCCGUCUGCGAUACAAAGCCAGGCACUGACAAAUGGACCGCAGAGAACCUGCCCCCGUCUGUGAAGUACUUUUCGAACCCCCAGGAAUGUUUAAAGAGCAGCGGCGCUGAGGCCGUGCUUAUAUGCACCGCGACGGCAACUCACGCGCCGUUGAUCUUGCAGGCACUCGACCUCAACUUGCAUGUUAUGUGCGAGAAGCCUGUUUCUGUGGAUAUCGCUACUACCAAGGCGGUUGUUGAGAAGUCGGCGUCUAGGCCGGAUCUCAAGUUCCUCGUUCCUUUUACUCGGAGAUAUGACAAGUCCUACCGCCAGGCGAAGACGCUGGUCGACAAUGGAGAUCUUGGCGAGAUUCACGCUGUGGAGACAACCGGUAUCGAUCAGGCAGAUCCCAAUGCAUUCUUCGUGUCCUUUUCCGAACAAUCGGGGGGUAUCUUCCUCGAUUUUGGAAUCCACACCGUCGACGCCGGCCGAUACCUACUAGAUGUCAAAUCCGGCCUCUCCAACCCUAAGAAACAAGUCAACCGCGUCAUCGCCUUCGGCCAGAAUGCCGUAUACACCGACCUAGCCAAAUACGGCGACGCCGACAACGCCUGGGGCUUGGUAGAAUACGCCAACGGCAAGAUCUUCAAGACAUACCUAGCCCGCACGCUGACGAGCGGGUUCGAAGACACAACGCGACUCUGCGGUACAAAGGGGCAUUCGAUUAUCAGCGCGAACUCGAAUGUAGAGAUCCGUGAUCAGCUGGGGAUUCGGACGAAGUCUGUCCCUGAUGCGUUUACGUUAUUUGAUGAGACCUUCCGCACGGAUCUGACGGAGUUUGCGGAUGCCGUGCUUGAUGGGAAGGCAUUGACUUGUCAGCCCGAGGAUGCGUUUGAGGCGGGGAAGAUUUGUGCGGCGUUGCAGUAUUCGUUUAGGAGGGGGGUGCCUGUUUAUUUUGAUGAUGAGGGACUGCCUGUUAUGGAGUAG